AUGAGCAGCGAGGAUGAAGAAGAUGACAUGCACGAUGAUGCCGCCGGAGUUGCCAAGAAUCAAAAUUUCGACUACAGUGAUAUCGAGAAGUUCCAGACCACCGUCUUCGCUGCAAAACUCCAGAUUAUCGCUAUCGUCAAGGACCAGGCUACCCCCUAUUUUGCUAGCCCUUACGUAGGAAAAAAAAACGAUCGCCAUAUUUCUAGAGCAGGUGGAUGGAGUUGA